AUGGCCAGCUUAGCUGUCUGCAGAGAGCUGAGCUGUGGGAAGAUAGAGCGAGUAGUGUCUGGGACUCCUGCUCCAGAGGAACCGGAGCAUCUCCCUGUGGGUAACUGGAGUGUGGCCCUCAAUGAUACAUUGGGCUUUGCUCUGAGGUCUGUGAUCUGUGACAAAGGAGAGUGGAAGACCUGCAAGGUGCAGUCUGCUGAAUGCCCCAGUGGGAAGCCAACCACGGUCAACUGUGAAGAAAUCCAUGCUGUGCGGCUGAUGGAUGGAGGUAGUCGCUGUGCCGGUCGAGUAGAGCUGAAGGACAAAGGCUCCUGGGGGACUGUGUGUGAUGAUGCCUGGGACCUGAAGGAUGCUACGGUUGUGUGCCAACAGCUGGGUUGUGGUUGGGCUGUAGACACCCCAGGGGCCUCAGUCUUCCAGAAGGGCAAAGGACCCAUCCACCUGGAUGAGGUGAAUUGCUCUGGGACUGAGCUCUCGCUGUGGGAGUGCCCUGCCCAGAGAGACCAUGACUGUCAUCACAAAGAGGAUGUUGGUGUGGUUUGCUCAGCAUCCUCUGUGCCAUUUGGAAUACAAGAGAACGAAUUUCGGGAGCGGGUCCUCCUCAUCCUCUGCAUUGUCCUAGGAAUUCUCCUCUUGGCGGCACUCGUAGCUCUGAUUUUCACCUUUCUGAAGAUUAAAGGAAAGUAUGCUCUCCCAGUCAUGGAAAAUCAUAAUCAGCCAACAGCCCCAGCCACCAUCGGAGGCAACAAUGAGGUCUCUCUGACCAUCCCCAAAGAAGAAGCACCCAAGCUUUCCUUGCAGGUGGGAGCCCCACCCUCAAAGGACUCCGAAUCAGACUCUGACUACGAACACUAUGACUUCCACAGGCAGCCCCCUGUGCCCCUCUCCACCUUCGCUAACUCCCAGAAGUACCAAGUGACGGAGGAGAUGGCCCGGCAGAACAGGUUCAGGAUGCCGCCGCUGCAGGAGGAUCACCCCGUCCCAGCUCCGCAGAAUUACCCGAGGUACAACAGCGAGUCAAGUACAUCUUCCGGGGAGGCUUACUGCAAUAGUCCCACCAGCAAGCUGCCUCAGUCCAACUUCCAAGGCUUUCCUUCAGAGAGCAAAUGCCUCCUGAAGCCAGAGCCCAACCUGGAGCUGGCUGGGUCCCGGGCCACUCUGCUUGGUGCCUUUGAUCCAGCUCCUCAGAAUUACCUGAGGCACAAUAGUGAGUCCAGCACCUCUUCUGGGGAAGGUUACUGCAAUAGUUCCACCGGCAAGCUGCCUCAGUCCAACUUCCAGGGCUUUUCUUCAGAGAGGAACCUCCUGGAGCCAACUCCAAAUCUGGAACUGGCUGGGUCCCGGGCCACUCUUCUUGGAACCUGCCCUGGAGUUGUUUCAGCAGCACCAGCGGCUGAGGACAGUUCCAGCACCUCCUCUGGGGAGUGGUAUGAGAAUUAUGACUCACCCCAGCCCCCUCCCUUGGUGCCCUUUGGGUGUCCAGAACUAACUACCCCAGCAGUCACGGGCAGUUUUGAAGAUGACUCAUCUGAGGAGGACUAUGAUGAUAUCGGAGCUGCAUAG